GUAACGUAGACAAUAAGAGCAGCUUUCGGAAUGAAUUCUACUGAGACAAGUUUGGACGUGAACAGAUCCACACCUAUUUACACCAUUGGCACAAGCUUUAUAACACAAUGGAAACUACAAAGAAUGAAGCAGCGGACUUGCCUGUCAACCGGUAACUAUCAGGAGUGCCAGGCUGGGUACAUUACCAAUGGAUCAAACUAUAGCGACGUCUACUACUUCAACAACACGCUGGAGAACAUCCUCACUGCCAAUGGAGGCCUGGAACCGGUGCUUGCACCAUUCCCGUUGUGGAUGGCGGCCAUCUUCGCCACGUGCCUCGUCCUGGUUAUCCUGUUAACAGUCAGUGGGAAUGUCCUGGUGCUCCUGGCGUUCCUGGUAGAUAGGACGAUACGACAGCCAAGUAACUACUUCAUCGCUUCUCUUGCGGCCACAGAUCUAUUGAUUGGUACUCUAUCGCUUCCAUUCUACACAGACUACGUAUUGAAAGGUUAUUGGCACCUGGGACCUCUGCUCUGCGACCUGUGGCUCUCUGUGGACUACACAGUAUGCCUAGUCUCUCAAUACACGGUGCUUCUCAUUACCGUCGACAGAUUCUGUAGUGUCAAAAUAGCAGCGAGGUAUAGAGCUUGGCGAACCAAAAACAGGGUGAUAUGGAUGGUCACUGUCACCUGGAUUAUACCAGCACUGCUUUUCUUCACCACUAUCUUUGGCUGGGAACAUUUCGUUGGCUACAGGGACCUCCAGGAGGGAGAGUGUGCGGUACAAUUCCUCAAAGACCCAAUUUUUAACACAGCACUAAUCAUCGGCUAUUAUUGGACAACUCUUUUCGUCCUCAUUGUGUUAUACGCUGGCAUAUUUAAAACUGCCUACGAUAUGCAAAAGAAGAGUGAAGCUAAGCAAAGAAAGAUGCAGUCGAUGGUCGCUUUGAGUGCUGGUGUGAUGACAGGUAUGGCGGGUCGCGCUGCCGGCAUGUCAGCAUUGGCAAAACCUACCAUCUCAAGUGAAGACCAGGUAAAAGUUUCUGAAUCAAUUCGUAAAGAUUCUACUUCUAAAGGCUCUUUAGCGGCUCCACUUCUAAACUUGGGAGGCUCGACCGAUUCGAACUCCAGUCAGAAAUCAUCAGCUCAUAAGAGUAGCGCAACUGCUACAGGCACAUCUACUACUGCAGAGUCUGAUGAUAAGAAGGAAGAUCAGGUAGAAGCGGAAAGGUCCAGUAGCCCGGCCUUCGACUCCGAUGAAGAGAGCACCACACAAACUAACGUCAAAAAGCGUCCCUCUGUUGCUAAUUUAGUUAUGCAAACCGGUGCACUACAAUUACUGAACAAUAUGCGACUGAAUGGUGGCAUGCUCAUCAAGACUGAUCUAAAACAGUCUCCCAUAAUGAAACAUGAGUUAGAUAAACCCAAAUCUUCGCUAUCGCAAAUAUCAGAGAAGAGUCUGCUCGACACAGACAACCCUGACACGUCACAGAGCAAUGACCCGACCCCGGUGCCCAACGUGCCUCUAUCCACCGCCAGCCUCAUGUCCCCGCUAUCGUCAGGAAUCGCAACGCCGUCCGAUCAGCGCGAGGUAUCAACCACUAUUGCUCAAAGAAUCAUUCCUCCUCCAUCAGAGUUCAGAUGUAGCCCACCUGUAUCUGAGAGUCCACCAUCAUAUUCGGAAUCAUCUAGAAAUAGAACACUUAAACUUGUAAAAGGUGACGGUACGUCGUACGAUGUGCUCGUUGGCAUGGACGGAGCAGAUCUCCGGUACAUGGACGAGAGCUCCGUCAUACUGCCGUCACCUACUUACGAGAGUCCACCGUCAUCAAUGACAUUUCCCACAGCGACUGAACCAUCAUCACCUCCGACUCUAAAUUCUGGUAACGUAACAAAUACGUCAUUAUUGCAGGCUGCUCUCAUUAGAGCGACCGCUGAAGCUCAAGUGACGCAACCUAAAAGUAAUUACUCGCCACCUCCACCGGUUAAAGUAAAUACCGAGGUAAGUCUGACGGCGGGCGAGCGCCCCAAACCUGUCAUCACCCUCGUAACGUCGUCUUCCAAUAACAAUGAGUCCUCGCAACCCAAGCCCGCCGAGGUGAAGAUCUCCCCGCUCAAGCUGAACCCCGCAGUGAGCCCUGCGGUUGAGAACAGCGACGUAUCGAGCACCGCUGUAACUGGGUCGGGCCGCGGCGACUCUAAGAAAGAGUUUGUGAAAAACAUAGGAAAAAAAUUAAAAGUUAAGCGUUCGAAGCGGGACGGCCUGUUUCCGAGUAUCGGCCGGCAGAAAUCGAAGUCGGAAAAUCGUGCGCGGAAAGCGUUUAGGACCAUAUCGUUCAUAUUGGGCGCGUUUGUGGUCUGUUGGACCCCGUACCACAUCCUGGCGCUUGUGGAGGGUUUCUGCACGGACCCGCCGUGCAUCAAUAAGCACCUGUAUAUGUUCUCGUACUUCCUCUGCUACGCAAACAGUCCCAUCAACCCGUUCUGCUACGCGCUUGCGAACCAACAGUUCAAAAAGACCUUCACGCGGCUCCUGCGGGGCGACUUCCACAUCACCUAGUCCAUGUAUGUCGGCUAUAGAAACGCGUAAGCGACACUUUGCCAGUGUUCCCGUUCGUAAAUUACGCGCACAAAUAUCAAUGAUAUUGUUUAUGAUAAGACAAUACGAGUAAUUAACUUCUUGAAGCUUUCAAUGUAUAGUUUAAUGGAUAGAAUAUUUGAAUGUAUAGUUGAAUGCUUUAUAAAAGCAACUGUAAAUAUAUAGUU